UUUUUACAGAGAAAUGUGAGUUCUAGUAUCGGAGAAAAUAGACCAAUUCAAUAGAUAGAUACAGCAUCCAUAAUACAGGCAGCUGCCUUAAUUAAAAUUAGGGCCUUUAACACUGCUACAGUCCACCUCUAUAUAGCGUGUACUGUAGAUCUGUGCAUGCACUGCUUAAACGCGUGUACUUUUGUUUAGAACACUGCACACUGCAGUGUACACUUCUAUUGUACAUUACACAACGUGUACAGUUGUUAUGUACACCUAACAACACAGUGUAUUAAUGGAUAAAUUAGCGUUGAUGUCUGGUGCUCUUUUCCUUGCUGCAGAUAUAUUUGCAGUUACAAGCUUAGCAAUGCCUGAUUGGAUUACAACAGAGGUUGGAGGAAGUACUCGGUUAGGGUUAUUACAAUCUUGUUUAACUGUUUACAACCGACCUUCGGUCUGCUAUACUCCGGACCUAUCAACAGAAUGGUGGAUUACACUCAUAUCCAUUCUAUCAGGUUGUGGAUGUAUAACUACAACUCUAGUUCUGUUACUAGCUUCUCUAUGGGGGGGAGCAACCGCCCUAUACGCUAAAUGGGUUGGAUUCGCAGCAGUUAUAUUCUUCUGUAUUGCUGCUGUAAUGUUUCCUGUGGGGUUUGCUAAUCAGGAAAUUGGUGGCGCUCCUUACCAACUACCUAACUCGUAUCAAGUUGGAAUCUCCUACAUUUUCUUUGUUAUGGCACUCUGGACAACUGUUAUAUCAGAACUGUUUGCGAGUAAAAUAUGUUUACCACAUUUUUAAAAAAAGGAAAAAAGGAAUUUCAUUGUGAACUAUUUCUGGUUUCCGAUUUAGCAAUGUAAAACAAUGCUUAAGCUGUGAUAUUUUCUAUAAAGUCACACUGUGACUUUACAAUAUACAUAAAAUGUUUAAUGUAAUGUAACGAUCAAAUUAUUUGUAGCGAUGAGAGAAUCUAAAAACACUUGUUAGAAAUCAGCUGUAUUGCUUUGUUCCCUAAACAUAGUGCUAAGAUUUCUGAGUUUUAUUUAAUUUAAAAUUCAGUUUUUAAAGAAAACGUUAAGUGGCUUUUCAGAAACUAAAUUUAAUGGCGAAAAUACUCUCAAUUCUUCAUUCUUGAUGUAAUGAUUGUAAUUGGCUUAUUAUUUUAUGUUCUUUGAAUACAUUGGAUUUAGUAAAAUAUGUAAGAAAGUAGUAACAUGAAGUUUUUGAG